AAUUGUACAAAGAGAGUGACAGCUAGAGUUUGCACCAUUAAUGAAUUGUACACUCGGCGUUCAGUGUUUUACAUGCCCGUGUCCAUAUUUUCUGCACCCAGUUUCCUCAUUCAUUUGUUUGGCUAGUCAUGACAAGGAGAGCGAGCUCUGCAGCAAAAACAAAAUGUUUUUUUCCCAACAUAGAAAGGGCCACAAUAACACACAUUUUUUGGGUGUUAGAGUUAUGGUGGUGCUGCUAAGAACUGGAACUCUGAAAGAGCAGGGCUGGCAUAGCGCACCUGAGAGGCAGGUUACUUUACCAAUUCGCUUCUUGAAGAAACUCAGUCUAGCUGAUGUAAUGAAUUGCGCACAUUCUCUGUUGAGUUUUACUUCGUUUUAUUUUACAGGUUCUUUUACCUUCUGAAGAAUAUCCACUGGUGCCAUUAUCUUUCAAAGGAAAUUGGUCCAGUUGUUGCAUUGGAUUGCAUACAUCUUCGUUGUUUGUCAAAUUAAUUAUUGUUCUAUAGAGUUGUGAUGUCUCCAUUCAUAUUUAUCAAAUAAUAAUAUAAAUUUCACAAUAUUAUAUUA